AUGAUAAAGUUUUUCCCACAUUUUUGUGUAAAGUUAGAUAAUGUAAAUAUAAGUGGUUUUAGAAGACCUGGAAAACACAAUAUUGCAUGGCGUAAAACUAUAAGUCGUUAUGUCUUACCAGAUAUGCCCAAGAUAUGGAGAAUCAAAUAGUUGGAAAUCGAUAUGAAUGAAAUAAAUAUCAUAAUCAAUUAA